AUGUCCGUCGAAAAGUCCGACUCGCCGGCAGAGGUUGAGGCUGCUGAAAAAAGUGAUGACUCUGUCGAAGGACCAUCAUGGACCGAGGCCGAGGAGACUGCUCUACGGCACAAGCUCGAUUGGCAAAUCGUCCCGACCGUGACCAUCCUAUAUCUUCUCUGCUUCCUUGAUCGUGCCAACAUUGGUAAUGCUCGCAUUCAGGGCAUGGAUAAGGAACUUGACCUGAGCGGCUACCGCUUCAACUGGGCUCUUUCGAUCUUUUAUAUUGUCUACCUGUGCUUCGAGGUGCCUAGUAACAUCAUCUUGAAGAAGGUUGGCCCUCGUUACUUCAUACCAGGUCUCGUCGUCGGUUUCGGCUUCAUCUCCAUGUGCACGGCAUUCAUCAAGACUUUUGAGCAACUGUGUGCAAUGCGCGCCCUUCUGGGUAUUUUUGAGGGCGGCGCCAUGCCUGGCAUCGCAUUCUUUCUCAGCUCCUUCUACAAGCGCAAGGAGUUGUACUUUCGCGUCGGAAUCUAUGUCUCGGCCGCCUCGAUGGCUGGUGCUUUUGGAGGCCUCCUCGCUACUGGCUUGACUCGAAUCCCGACUUGGGGAAUCGCAUCAACAAGGAUCGGAACCUGGCGCAAUAUUUUCUUCUUUGAGGGCAUCAUCACCAUGAUUGCAGGCAUUCUGGCGCCCAUCAUCCUCCCUCAGAGCCCAUCCAGCUCCAAGCGCCUGACUCCCCGCGAGCAGUGGAUCGCCGAGGAGCGUCUGCGCCGCGAACACCGGUCCGACUCCAACGAGAACGUCAAACCCAAGCACGUCAAGCGCGCUGUUCUCAACAUUAUGAACUACAUUUGCGCCGGCGGCUUCUUCCUCAUCAACGUCACGGUCCAGGGCGUCUCCGUCUUCAUGCCGACGCUGCUGGCCGAGCUGGGCUGGACCUCGACCAAGGCCCAGCUGUACAGCGUUCCCCCCUAUGUUCUGGCUUCGCUCGUUGCUAUUGGCAUUGCCUUUGUCAGCGACAAGACGGCCCGCCGCGGCAUCUACCUUGCUGGCUUCACUCUGAUUGGCAUUGUCGGCUUCUCCAUCCUGCGCUGGAGCGACAAUGCCAACCUCAAGUACAUGAGCAUCUACUUUGUUACCAUCGGUGCCUUUCCCGGUGGCCCUGGCUUCCUAGCCUGGGGUCUCAACAAUUCGGCCGGUCCCGCUGUUCGCGCUGUCUCGGGUGGCUACAUUGUCUCGAUUGGCACUGCUGGCGGUAUCUUGGCCGUCUGGGCAUAUCUCGCCCGCGACGGCCCCGACUUUCAUAUUGGCCAUACCAUCAAUCUUGUCGCCCAGUUCCUUGUGCUGGGUCUGUCGCUUUCUGGAAUCGCGUAUUGCAAGUGGGAAAAUCGGCUGCGGGCUCGGGGUGGUCGUGACUAUAGACUGGAAGGGCUGACGGAGCAGGAACAGGCCGAUCUUGGAUACAGACAUCCCGAGUUUAGAUAUAUUGCUUGA